AUUCUGUUUACUGAAAACCCCAAGACUGAAGAAGAGGUUCCCUCUUUGAAUGAGAGAAACUCAGCACCAUGUGGAGCUUCAGGUUUCUCCUCUUCUGGGGGUAUUGUGGUAUAUUCAUCUGGGUUAUGUUCCCAUUGGAAUCAAUGACAGAUGAUGUGAAUGAGUGUCUGGAUACCACCAUGUGCCCAGCUUACGCAACCUGCACCAACACUUUGCAUAGUUACUACUGCACUUGCAAACGAGGAUUUCUGUCCAGCAACGGACUGACGCAGUUCAGGGACCCAGGAGUGACAUGCGAAGAUAUAGAUGAAUGUUCUCAAAGCUCCCCACCAUGUGGUCCUAACUCAGUCUGCAGAAACCUUAUGGGGAGGUACAGAUGCAGCUGUUUCCCUGGUUUCUCUUCUCCCACCGGAAAUGACUGGGUCAUGGGAAAUCCGGGUCAUUUCUCCUGCACAGACAUCAAUGAAUGCCUCUCCAGUGGUGUCUGCCCAGAGCAUGCUGAGUGUAUCAACUCCUUGGGAAGUUACAAUUGCAGCUGCCCGGUUGGAUUCAUCUCUCACAACUCCAUCUGUGAAGAUAUUGAUGAGUGCCUUCACAUGUGCCCUUCCAAUGCAACAUGCACCAACACUCCUGGGAGCUACUUUUGCACCUGCUCUCCUGGCUUUGUACCAAGCAAUGGACAGCCAAGCUUCACAGACCAAGAAGUCGAAUGUAGAGAUAUUGAUGAGUGUUCCCAAGAUCCAUCACCUUGUGGCCCCAAUUCUGUCUGCACCAAUGCCCUGGGCUCCUACAGCUGUAGCUGCCUUGGAGGCUUUCAACCCAAUCCAGAAGGCUCCUUGAACUUCAGCUGCAAAAGGAUUCCCUUUAAGUGUAAAGAAGAUGUGAUACCCAACAAUGAGUGGGUCCAGCUCUGCCAAGUGGGAGGAGCAGUGGAGCCUGAACAUGGUUCCUUCUGCACACUAAUGAAUGCCACCUUCAGUGUUCUGGACAAUGCCUGUGGAAACAGAACUGCCAUGGUUUCUCUGAAGAGUGCAGUUGAGAGCUUUGCCUCUGUCCUAGAACAAACAUCCACAUCGUCCAACUUCACCAAAGAAGAGACCUCCGCCCUGGCCACUGUUGUCCUGGAGAGUGUGAAAAGCACGACCCUGGCAGCGUUCCUGAAACCGUCAGCAAAUGUCAGUCAGACUGUCCAGACUGAACAUUUAGAAAUUGAAAGCAAAAUUAUCAAGGAAGAAUGCACUGAAGAGAAUGUGACCUUUCACCUGAGAGCCAAAGGGGACAAGAUGGAGAUUGGGUGCUCCACCAUUGAAGAAUCUGAAUCCACAGGCACCACUGGGGUGGCUUUUGUCUCCUUUUCGGGGAUGGAGUCUCUUUUAGAUGAGAGCUUCUUCCAAGACCCUGAGACCGCUUUGACCAACUCCCAGAGGAAGUUGAAGGUGAAGAUGAAUUCUCGCGUGGUACAGGGCAUCAUGACUGGGGAGAAGAAAGAUGGCUUCUCUGACCCAGUCAUUUACAUGCUGGAGCACAUUGAGCCAAAGCAGGAAUUUGAGAGGCCUAUCUGCGUUUCCUGGGACCCCAUUGUGGAGGGUGGUAGGUGGAUGCCCUCUGGCUGUGUGGUCCUUGAAGCUUCUGAGACGCAUACUGUCUGCAGCUGUAAUCAAAUGAUGAACCUGGCCAUCAUCAUGGCUUCUGGGGAGCUCACGAUGGAGUUAUCCCUGUACAUCAUUAGCCAUGUGGGCAUGAUCAUCUCCCUGGUGUGUCUCAUCUUGGCCAUCGCCACCUUCCUGCUGUGUCGUGCCAUUCGCAACCAAAACACGUACCUCCACCUGCACCUCUGCAUCUGCCUCUUCUUGGCCAAGACUCUCUUCAUCAUCGGUGUAGACAAGACUGACAACCAGAUGGGCUGCGCCAUCAUUGCAGGCUUCCUGCACUACCUUUUCCUCGCCUGCUUCUUCUGGAUGCUGGUAGAGGCUGUAAUGCUCUUCCUUAUGGUCAGGAACCUGAAAGUGGUGAAUUACUUCAGCUCUCGCAACAUCAAGAUGUGGUACCUCUGUGCCUUUGGCUACGGGCUUCCAGUGCUGGUGGUGGCUGUCUCUGCCAGUGUGCAGCCACAAGGUUUUGGGAUGCAUAAUCGCUGCUGGCUGAAUACAGAGACAGGGUUCAUCUGGAGUUUCCUGGGGCCAGUCUGCGCCAUCAUCAUGGUUAAUUCCAUCCUCCUGACUUGGACGUUGUGUGUCCUGAGGCAGAAGCUUUCCAGUGUCAAUGCUGAAGUCUCAACGCUCAAAGACACCAGGUACGGGAAGAAUACAGGGGAUGGAUUACCAGGAAGAUCAAACCCAGUUCCGAGUCCCAGACUUCAGGGAUGUUACUGUCCUCUGUCCCCUCCACUUCUAAAACGGGUUAAAGCUCUUUCUUACUUUCAAAUAUGCUAUGAAGCAACAUUUGAGGAAAGCAGGUACCUGCAGGAGCCUACUCUGAAAUCUCUUCACAGCUUGAUGCACAGAUGCAGGAUCCUGCUAGCCCCAGAACCCUCUGGAAAACAAGAAUUUCUGUUCAAGAUGAUAAGUUCAUCAUCCAUGUUCUGCUCCAUGAGUUUCUAGACUUUUGUGGAAGUAACAGAUCCCAGGGCAAUGGCAUGAACAAGGUUACCUGGCUACCAUUUUGGUUUCUCCUAAGCUCAUUGGUGCAUGGCAAGCAAGUGUGCCUCUCCAGCACUAUCCUGCGCCUGACACAGAGCAGUCCUCAAUAAAUGAUUUGUCAUAUGACUGACUGA